CUUUUAUGGGAACAACCGUUUUGGGGAAGAACCACAUAUGGGUGUGAUGGUCAGGGGUCCACAAAGUUUUGGCCAUAUAAUGUAUAUUUCUAAACCAAUAAAACAUUCCAGUUACUAAAGGAUCAUUUGCUGAUAUAAUGUCUUAUUUGAAUGUUUGUUUGUUUUUGUUUUUUUUAACAGUAUUUCCUUCGCUUUGCUCGCAGAUCCAGUGCAGGGUUCCUGCAUCCAUUGCUCGGUGCUCGAUUGAUUUGGUCUGACGUCACACCGGACCACAAUUCAAAGAGCAGCAUUGUGGGAGUUUUUGCAAAAUUGUGUGUUGCUUGCUGCAGAAAAUGAGAAAACUGAUGUAAAAGAAUUGGGUUUUUUAUUCAUAGUAAUUGGAUAAACAGUAAACAGCCGCAGCUGCGGAUUAGAAGUGUUUAUUUUUUAAUGUUUUAAAGGCACCACACAGAUUUAUGUAAUAUUCCCGCGUUUAGUCAGUGUUGUUACUUCACAGCUAGUUAGCAUCGGCUAGUGGCUUGAAUUUAAUUUAAUUUGACCUUAAUUAACUGUUAUUAUUCUUGAUAUAUAGUUCCUCUCGGACGGAGUGUGAAGCAGUACUAGCUCCUGUGUUUAUGUUUAGCUCGGUAGCUGAAGGAGCAGGGUUUCAGUGACAGCACUGCAUCUCUCAAAAUGGAGCUGUCGGCUGUUGAGAGAGCGAAGACAUUUUGGUCUCAGGUGGAUGUGGACUUGGCUUUUGAGGAGCUGUUGGGAUUCCUGAUGUGUCUGAGAGAAGCUAUUAAAAACAAAGCAGCCUCGGAUAAAGGCUACGUCCAGGGCAUGAACAUUAUUAUGGAGUCGGAGGUGUCGCUGACUGCAGCUUUGAGGUCUGAUUCCUUUGAGGAGGUGCUGAUCGGUGAAGGUGUUAUAGUUGGUGAAGACAUACUGACAGUGUCUGUCUCAGACUCGCACUGCACUAUACUGAAAAUGAAGGAUCUACCUGUGCCAGAAGAUGCCUUACAUGACGAUGUCUCAAGGAACCUGGAGUCCGGUUCAGACAACAGUCAGAUGUCUUCAUCAGGCAGAAAUGAUGCUAUGUUAUUAGGGAAGUUAGACACGUAUGACUAUAUGAUGCUGCUGUCGCCAGCUAAUGUUUUAUCUGAUGACCAGUUGGCCCCUGUGUCACCUGUCCAGCUUUCCUAUCAACAGCACGACUGCAGCCCAGCCUGUCUCCCUCACCUCCCGUCUCACUCGGACACUUUUCUUGGCCACAACCCCUUGCAAGUUCCUCUUCUCUGCCACUUCCAGCGGCAUUGUGCCAAGCCACUGAUGCUUUCACCACACGAGGAACUGGACUCGGACGUGCUCUACAAAGCCCCGUGUGGGCGGAGCUUGCGCCGCAUGGAUGACGUGUAUCAGUUCUUACAGCAGACUAAAAGCCUCGGGGUCCUGCAGCAGACCAACUUCAGCUUCAAUUCGCAGGUACUGCCAGAGCGGCAGGCCCAGCCAAGGCCGCUAGCCCCUGCUUCACCUCUUCCCACAACCAGUAUUUCUGAGAGAGACAUAAGCCGUGGGAUUGAAUCUGUCCCGGUUACUCUGUGUAAUGACUUGGAUGGUGUACGGCCAAAAGAGUUUCGCUAUCGCAAGGAUCGCUGGCCCCAUGGCUGCUUCUUAAGCACGGCGCCAUUUUUCCUGAGCUGCUGUGACUGCACAGAUGGAUGCACGGACAGUUCCAGCUGUUUGUGUCUUCAGCUGUCUCUAAAGGCUGGCGCAAAGCCAGACCGGCUUUACAGCCACCACCGGCUAAAUGAGCCUGUGUCCACGGGGCUGUAUGAAUGUGGUCCAUGGUGUGGGUGCCAGAAAAGCAGUUGUCAGAAUCGUGUGGUCCAGCAUGGACUCCGUGUCCGCCUGCAGGUGUUUCGCACCAAUGACAAGGGAUGGGGCGUGCGCUGCCGUGACGACCUCGACAAGGGCACGUUCGUCUGUACUUACGCAGGUGUUGUCCUGAGACUCGGGCGGAACUUGGAGGAGCCGCUUCUCUCGAAAAUCCAGAAGGAGGAGCAGUUGUCGGAUGAUGAGGUGGAGGUAGUGGAGGAGUGGACGCUUCCCUCAGGGCAGAAGAAAACAGUCACUGAGACACUGGACACCUCUCCACGUCUUUAUGUUGCUGUGAUCCAGAGGCCUGCAGACCAGCCCUCUGCACCGCUGGAUGGCCAGAGGGAACAGCUGGAGAAUUCGGAUAACCAGGAGGAAAUGAACACCUGUUCAUCACCUAAUCCCAGUCAUACAGAAAUCAAACACCAGCACAAGGAAGAGGUGGUGAGGAAGAGGCUUCGGUUGGAUGGCGAGGAAAACGGUGGCGACGUACGUCGAGAUCAGAUGGUGCCUAAACCCGACUGUCAGGAAAAAAUGUAUUAUCUUGAUGCUUCAAAAGAAGGAAAUGUGGGAAGGUUUAUUAAUCACAGCUGCAAUCCCAACCUCUUUGUCCAGAAUGUCUUUGUUGAUACCCACGAUCCCAAAUUCCCAGUAAUUGCUUUCUUUACGUGCAAGCCAAUCAGGGCAGGGACUGAGCUGACCUGGAAUUAUUCCUAUAAAACAGGAAGUGAUCCCGAGCACGAGGUACAAUGUCUGUGUGGUUCGAAUGACUGCCAAACGAUUAUCAUCUGAUCAUAUGACCACAUACGUGAAAAGUUAGGUCAUCAGCAAGGGUAAGCAUAAGAUCUAAGGCGCAGGAAACCUGGCAGAACUGUGAAUAUGAAAUCUGUGCCACAUGGUUAUUCAGUAUUCCUGAAAGUUGCUUUCAGCAGUAAAAGCUAAUUGGUGAAGACAGUUGGUGUUUGAUGGUGUUUCUGCACAGUUCUACUAAAAACAGACCUUCUUUAAUGGUUAAUAACGGCAGUGUUCUUUGUUUGUUUGUUUUUGUAUAAUCUUUGAAAUAAAAACAUUUUAAAACACAUCAUUUCCUGCAUCUUUCACAGCUUUGACAUGUUUUGUGCUGUUGGGUGGAAAUGUGGAAUGCAGGUUUACUGAUCCUGAACUCAUGUCCUGUAAUUGCACUGUGUAAUGUCAUUUAUGGAUUAAAGCCGUAGGAAAGAUCUCUAAAUUAUGAUCCUGGGUUUGAUUGGUUUCUGCUGUAGUGUCUUCUACUGAUAAAUGAUAUUUUUAUGAUCAUAUUUUCCUCGUGUUUGGGUUUAGACAAAAGCAAUACGCUUUCCUCUCGUACCCCAAGACAGAGUGAUGUUUCACUGCCGGUACUAGUCCUGUCACGAUAGCUACUUUUAUUGGACGAUAUGUUGUCCCAGAAAUAAUUAAUAGCGAUAAACGAUAUUAUUGUCGCCGAUAUAAUGAUAAUAUAAUAGCAUGGUUUUUGUCUUCCUUUAAAUGUCGUCAUAGUUAUUCAUUUUAGUCAAUUUUACUGGCGUCGAAUAUUAAUCGACAUUCUAGUUGAUGAGAAAAUGUAAAAAUUAAACCAAAUAUUAACACAUUUUAUAUAUUAACUUAAACAUGUGAAAACUGCCCUCGUUGUGAUUUACCUGCAUGAUUUUCUGACAUAUAAAUAUUACAGUGAGACACUACUGUAAUACAAUAUUGUGAAUUCGUUGUGUGUUUUUAGUGCGUCGUUACAGAAAGAACGUAGUGACACCGUUCUACCUAGCACUUUACUCAAGUUCAGGGUCACAUGUGCGUUUGUGUUAUUUUGUGCCGCAGCGAGUUGUAAUAUUAGGUUUAUGUUGUGUGUAAACGUCUGAUUAAUCUUGUGUGUGUGUGUGUGUGUGUACAGGAUGAGGUUGGAUUUGUUCGCCUGCCUCUCAAAUAAAACGUUUAAACUGCAUUUGCAUCCAUCUCUACCUGCUGUACAUGACAUGGUGACAUUCAUUCUUACGUAAACACGAUGGACAACAUCCAGGUCAUGUCCACGUAUCGUACAACAAGUCGAUAAAGUAAUUAUCAUGACAGGCCUAGCCGUCAAAAAUGCGUCACUGUGCUGGUUUAUCCGACACAAACAUGUUUAAACUUGUGCACACAAGUAAGGGAAAAAUGUCAGAAUGAUGUGUAAUUUGCUACGGUGCACUCUUGGAAACAGUGGUACUGAUUUGUGUUUAUUGGCUUAAAUUAUGACUGUAAAAUGAUUUAAUCUACACAUAAAAGCUACUAGAUUUAGCAACACUUUGCUACUAGAAAACAGACUGUUUUGUGUGAGGAAUGAAAAAGAAAGCACAGAAAGUAGGCUACACCAGUGCUUCUCAUCUUGCAGGUGAAGAGCUGUGUGAAAGUGUGCCACAGAUGUAAUCCUCAUCGAAGGUCAACUGAAAGUUUAGCAGUCUGUACAGGAUUUCAUGGAGUUUUAUUUUGCUGCAGCUUUUAUCAGAAUUUGUAAGCCAAUUUGGAGAGGUUUUUAGUCGAAAACUACUUGAAUUGGUGAAAUUGCACUGAAUUGUUUUGCAGUGAUGGUUGUUGGUAAAUGGGACAUUUUAGCUGUACUCAUUCAAACACAAGAAAUAAAGGAAGCUUUUGCCGAAUGGCCUGAACCUGCAGUGACUCUGAAAAGUUGAAAGCAUCUCUGAAUGUUGUUUGCUCCAUUUCAGCAAAAUCCUGGCUGGACUAUUUUAACAGCUUCUUAUUUGGGGUAUGCAAAAAAAAUAAAAAAAUUUCACAGUUCUGUAAUGUAUAUGUGAUUAAUAAAGACUCAUUGCUUUGUAUAUUUUAACCAUUACUUAAAGUUGGUUAUUCGGUUUGGAAGAAUCAUGUCAAGCCUCCUGCUGAAGAUUUGGAAC